AUGGUUUUUCUUUCCAGCAAGAUAGAAGAUAGUCAUCUUGAUACGUUUAUUGCUUUAUCAGAUGGAUUAGUUCAUGAAACAUCAAUUGACAACAUUAAGGACUCAAUUGACCCUGAAUUCCCUGAAGACAAGUUGAGAGAAUAUGUCGAAAGUUUCACCCGUCCCUCAAACAUUCCUGAAUUCAAGGAUGCAGUUUUGCAAACGUUGAACAAAAACAGUAGUGAGUCAGCCAAGAUGUUUACCUUUGUUAUGAAUCUUUUGGAUUCAAGGAUUAUGGCACCAAUGGUUAGUGGUUCUACAACUUUAAUUCGGGAUAUGACCUUGGAACAACGUGAAAAGCUCUUGGCUUCAUGGAGAGAUUCCAAUAUCGCAUUAAGGAGAAAAUUAUUCAGAUCUGUGUAUGCAAUUACUAUCGCUACGUAUACUCGAUUAGCCAAUGAUUUACAUUUACAGGCUGUGGGGUAUCCUGGCCGAGAAUUGCGUGACACAGCCUACGAGAAGCAAGUUGUUGACGAUUUCAGGUAUGAUUUUAUGGAGAAACCAACAGCUGAUGGUCAAGAAUUGUAUUUGCCUUACAUUGACGCUAUAAUUAUUGGGUCUGGUUGUGGUGCAGGUGCAGUUGCCCAUACUUUGUCCGAAAAUGGAUUCAAGUCACUUAUUCUUGAAAAGGGGAAGUACUUCUCUAACUCAGAGUUCAAUUUUGAUGACUUGGAUGGUGUUACAAAUUUGUUUGAAGGCGGUGGAACUAUUUCUACCACUGAUCAAGAAACAUUUAUUUUAGCAGGGUCCAAUUUUGGGGGUGGAUCAACUGUCAAUUGGUCAGCAUCACUUAAAACCCCUUUCAAAGUUAGAAAGGAAUGGUAUGAUGACUUUGGUCUUGAAUUUGUAGCCUCUGAAGUUUACGAUAAAUGUCAACAAUAUGUUUGUGAUAAGAUGCAUGUGGGUACUGACAAAAUUAAACAUUCGUUCGCUAAUCAAGUGAUUAUGGAAGGAGGUGCCAAAUUGGGGUAUGCUGUGAAAGCAAUUGAUCAGAACACUGCAGGUCAGGAGCACCCAUGUGGAUUUUGCCAUGUAGGUUGCAAAUUCGGAAUCAAGCAAAGUACUCCUAAUAAUUGGUUUAGAGAAGCUGCCGUUACUGGAUCUAAAUUCAUGGAACAAGUGAAGGUUGUUCAAAUCCUUCAUUCGAAGGGGAUUGCCAAUGGUGUUCUUUGUCAAGAUACAGUUACUGGGGUCAAAUUCAAAAUCACUGGGCCUAGAAAGUACAUUGUCUCUGGUGGAAGUUUAAAUACUCCAGUGAUUUUGCAAAACUCGGGAUUCAAAAAUAGACAUAUUGGUAAGAAUUUGAAAUUACAUCCCGUCUCUGUGUUAACUGGUGACUUUGGUAACGAUGUUCGUGCCAAGCCUUAUGAAAACUCAAUUAUGACAUCUGUAUGCACUGAAGUGGAUGACUUGGAUGGAAAAGCCCAUGGUGCUAAGAUUGAAACUGUUUUAAAUGCGCCAUUUUUGCAACAAGCAUUUUUGCCAUGGUUUAGUAGUGAUGAAACUAGAAGAUCAAUGUUGCGUUAUAACAACAUGGUGUCCUUGUUGCUUAUUACUAGAGACAAAUCUAGCGGUUCUAUUCGGGCUGAUCCAGAUAGACCCGAUGCAUUUAUUAUUGAUUACCACGUUAAUAAAUUUGACCGUCAUGCUCUAAUGGUUGCUCUUCUAACAGCUGCAGAUAUGUUGUAUAUUCAAGGAGCAAAGAAAAUUAUAACUCCCUUGCCAAAUGUUCCAAUUUUUGAAAGUGACAAACUCAAGUACAAGAGAUCAAUUGAAGAUGUCGAUUAUGUUGAGUGGAGAGCUGCUGUUUCCAAGAUGAAGUUUUAUCCUUAUGGUACUUCUUUUGGUACUGCCCAUCAAAUGGCAAGUUGUCGUAUGUCUGGUAAAGGUCCCAAAUAUGGGGCUUGUGACGAGAGGGGUAGAUUAUUUGAAUGUUCAAACGUUUAUGUAGCUGAUGCUAGUAUCAUGCCAACUGCAAGUGGUGCAAAUCCAAUGAUUACUACAUAUGCCUUGUCUAGAUAUGUUGGAUUGAAUAUCGUCAAGGAUUUGACAACAAAGGCUAAAUUAUAA